ACUGUCACAGUAACAUUAUUUUCAUGGUCAAUGUUUUUAUUUUUCUCGACGAAAAUUGAAUUUGUUGGAAAAGUGUUUAGUUCAAAAAUGCACAACAAUUAAAUUAGAAAUUAACUGUGUGCGAUGCGUAACCAGUGAUUAGUGCCAAUGAUGUGGUUUUAAUUGAAAUUCAAUGGGAGUUGUGCAAGUGUAUACGAUUCAGCUCUUUGUUAUUGAUUGUGCAAUGAAGAAAAUUGCUUCGAAAAUCGCAGUGUUUUGUGUGUGUGCUUAGCGAUUUAGUUUUGUUGAUUUUGUUUCAUUUAUUUUAUUUCUAACCGUAAACGUCGGUUUGCCAAAAAAAUAAAAGUGAAAAGAGAAAACAAAACCAAAAAAUUAAUUAAAAUGAAAAUUUCGUAAACUUGAACUGUUGAGUGAAUUGAUUUCAGUUUUGUGAGCAGAAUCGACACUAGUCACUCACCGUGCAAUAUAGAAAGAUCUUUGUGUACCUUGGAUAACUACGAUAAAAUUAGCAUAAAACAUAAGGUCCCCCAACACAAACAUGUCAAGCGAUGAGUUUACCCAUGUAAAAACAUUGGUCCGAGAAUUACACGCACCGAAAAAUGUGAGACGACCGAAACUCAUGGAGGAGACGAAUCCGAGUGCCGGUAAUGCUGACGACGGUCAUCCCGUCGACUAUCAUACGUACGCUCAUGACUUUCCGGCAAGGGAUCAACAUUUUCCGCAAAAUUCGUUUAGCAUUCCGUCACUCGUUGUUACGGGCAUCGAUAAUACCGAUCAUACGUUUGGCAGGCGGUUUUCCAAUUUCAACCUCGGACUGAGACGGUUUUCGACUUCGUUUAUGGCGGUCAAUCGUUGUGACUCAAUGGGUUCGCUGAGCCAUCGAACUCUUCUACAGUACAUCGAACUCAACGAUUUACCCGGCUUGAAAUUAUACUUGGAUGUUCGGCGUCACACACCAGUUAUUGACGAUCGAGACGAGAAUGGUGCGACUGUUCUCAUUAUCGCUGCCAGCAAAGGUCUUGUCCCGUUCGUUCGUGAGCUGAUAAUACGAGGUGCCGAUAUUCAAGCUGAAGAUUUUGACAAUUGGUCCGCAUUGCUGUGCGCCAGCAAAAAUGGUCACACGGAAAUCGUUCACAUUCUCGUUGAACAGGGUGCUGACAUUGAGCACCGUGACAUGGGCGGAUGGACGCCGUUGAUGUGGGCAUCGUACAGAGGUCAUUCCGCUAUUGCUGAAUUUUUGUUGGACAAAGGAGCCGACAUAUUCGCUCAUGGAAAUUAUCAUCUUGGGUCGCUGUUGUGGGCAAGUGGGAGAGGUCACACGGAAAUCGUCCGGUUGUUGGUUCAACAUGGUGCUAAAAUAAAUGUUGGCGACAAAUACGGUACGACGGCACUAGUGUGGGCGUGUCGCAAAGGAAAUGUCGAAAUCGUCGAAAUUUUACUGAACGCCGGUGCAAAUGUAGACACAGCGGGAAUCUAUUCAUGGACAGCAUUACUGGUAGCUGUGGCGGGUGGUCAUCACGAUUGUGUGUCACUACUGUUGGAGAAACGUCCCAAUGUGAACGCCCUAGACAAAGAUGGAAUGACCGCAUUGACGAUAGCGUGUCGUGAAGGCCUGAACGAAAUAGCGUCGGCAUUGAUCAUUUCCGGGGCGUAUGUGAACAUUCAAGAUCGAGCCGGAGACACACCACUGAUACAUGCAGUGAAAAAUGGCCAUCGGAGUGUUGUUGAGACUCUGCUGAAACGACACGCUGACGUUGAUAUUCAGGGCAAAGAACGGAAAACCGCACUGUACACAGCCGUGGAAAAGGGUCACACGGCAAUUGUGAAACUGUUGUUAGCCUCCAAUCCAGACCUGGAACUAUCGAACAAAGAAGGUGACACACCGUUGCUGAAAGGCGUACGCAAUCGUCAGCUAGAAAUCGUUCAAUUGUUGCUGGAGAGGAAAGCUAAAGUAAGUACAGCCGAUCGUCGUGGUGACACCGCACUACACAUUGGUAUGCGAGCCCGAUCGAAAGCGAUUGUCGAAGCUCUGCUGAGGAACCCGAAAAACAGUCAGCUGCUGUACCGAGCUAACAAAGUCGGCGAAACUCCGUAUGGGUUGGACAAUGCGCAUCCGAAAACGAUUUUGGGUCAAGUGUUUGGAGCACGACGAUUGAACACAAACGAAGAUUCCGAAGGAAUGCUCGGCUAUGAAUUGUACUCAUCGGCGCUAGCUGAUGUGUUAUCCGAACCGACGUUGACCACUCCAAUCACCGUAGGAUUGUACGCAAAAUGGGGCAGUGGCAAGAGUUUCCUGCUGACAAAGUUACGCGACGAAAUGACAAAUUUUGCCAAGCAAUGGGCCGAACCAUCGAUAAAAGCUCCAUGGCUACUGGUCAUGGUGUGCUGGCAUCUGUCGAUUAUUUGUGGUGCUGUAAUCGGACUACUCACCUGGUCCUAUGUGUAUGGUGUCAUUGUGGCCGUUACUCUUAUCGUGCUGUUGUUUAUCAGCAUUCAGGGAUUGAAGAUGGCCAGUCAAAAGUAUGACAUUUUCUGGGCGUAUUCCUUUUACCGCGGCAUGAUGAAGAGGCUCAGCCAUCUGAGAUUAAUCGUUCAGGUGGCCUUUUGUCAUCCGCCCGGACCGAAGCACAGUUCACAACCGAUGCCUGUUCGGUUUCAUUUUGCUGAAACGAGUAGUGCGGCACCGACGGGCGAAACUGCCGUCGGUUAUAUGUUAGCGUCGUUAUUCGAGGCCAUUGAAAAUCAUUACGGCUCUCUACCGACUCGACUCUAUCGGGCACUGAAGCCAAGACCAGUGAAAGCUACUGCCGGAUGGAAGUGGCGCCGGAUGUGUUGCAUUCCAGUUGUGAUCCUGUUUGAAUUGGCAUUUUUCGGAUUGAUCACAAUAUCAUCGCUCCUUAUUGUCCUCUAUGGAAGCUCUACCCCUUAUGAAGACGAAACACGCCAAGGAAUCCUAGUCUCACUGUACAUAGUUGGCGCUGUUUUAGUUCUUUACCUUCUUGGUGCUAUUCGAGGGCUGGACGCAUUGAAGAAUUUGUUCUUUUCCCAGAGUCGUCAUUUGAAGAAGUCUCUGAAAUCACACGAAGGUGCUCCGUUAACUGCACUGGGUGCUGAGGUUUCAAUAAUGACUGACAUGGUUAAGUGUCUGGAUGCAUUUACGAAACAACAGUCGCGCCUAGUCGGCAUCGUCGACGCACUGGACUCCUGUGACACUGAACGCAUUCUGACCGUUUUGAGUUCCGUGCAAACAUUAUUAUCGUCGCCGAAUCGUCCAUUCGUUCUGCUGAUUGCCGUCGAUCCCCAUGUGAUAGCCAAGGCGGCCGAAGCAAACAGUCGACGAUUGUUCACCGAGGGCGGCAUUGGUGGUCACGAUUUUCUGCGCAAUCUGGUCCAUCUGCCGGUGUAUCUACAAAAUUCCGGACUGCGUAAAGUGCAACGUGCCCAAAAUACAGCGCUGGCCUAUCGACGAAACAUUUUCAACGACACAGCGCAAAUGGACGAACCGACUCUCGGCCAUUCGGCAUCGGCCCGUCGCCUAUCGAACGCUUCGGAAAUAAUGUCGAGCAACGAAAAAUUGCGAGCACCACCGCCGGCCCGAUCCGGUUCGAAGAAAUUGAAAAUGUCCGAGUCGAUAGCCAGUUCGAUCGGUUCGAAUUUGCACCGGUUGAGUCAGAAUCCACAGGGUCCCAUCGAUUUGUCGAAAAUGGUGCUGACCGACGAUUAUUUCAGCGAAGUGAAUCCGAGAAGUAUGCGACGGUUGAUGAAUGUGAUUUACAUAACAGUGCGUUUACUGAAAGCAUUCCAAAUUGACUUCAGUUGGUACAGACUCAGUUCAUGGGUAAAUCUGACCGAACAGUGGCCGCUGAGGGCAAGUAUGAUUGUCCUGCAACACGAUCAGAACCAAGAGCUUGACGACAAUGUUCCAUUGCAAGCUCUUUAUGAAAACGUGCGCCUUAAUCUAGCAAAUUUACGAGAAUCGGAACCACUGCUGGAGUUGGACCGAGAUGAAAGGAAAUUGGAGGCAUUUUUGCAAUUGCACAGGCAUGACUUGUUGGUGUCAGACCUGCGGAUAUUUUUACCGUUCACAAUCAACUUAGAUCCAUAUUUUAGAAAAGUACUUAAAGAAGACCAACAAAACAUGGAAGAUGAAGGAAUAAUAAUGCCAAUGAAAGCUCCGCCACCGCAUCCCAUACGUUACCAUUUGCCGAACAAACCUCACUCAUCGAUGCAAAACACCAUUCUGAACAGCUUCACCAAUCCGACCGGCCAUUCGUCCACCUAUGGCGAUGGUAGCAACAAAUUUGGCGAAUCGGCGAGUCGACGGCCGAGCGUUAUCGGCAAUGCUCCGGUGCACAUCGAAAAAACAGUUCCACCAUCUUUCGAUUGGAUGACCGCCUUUCCGGACGAAUUCUUGCAAAUUCGCCUGUCUAAGCUUACUGUCGAAGGAGUUCAGAGUAUGAUCAGACAGGUCGACGAUUUGAAAAGUGAAGUGGAGAAACUUGAUGCCGUGCUUCGGAUGAAUGCAAUAAAUGGCCGUGUAUUGGCUCACUGUGAUUUAGUGGAACUGAAAACGAUAAUGGACCUGAACUUUGGUCACUGGGAAAUAUUCAAACUAUUGAUAACAGCUCUACGUGACAUCGAGAAGCAUCAACCGUCGGCCAAGUCCAUCUUCGAUUACCAAUUUGAUGGUCAAGAUCCGUAUCCAAUGCCAACAGUUCGCCAAAAGUCUACCAUGGAAAAGCAGCAAAAAGUGCACGACUAUGAGUAUCUGCAGGUCACACUCGAAGAGCAAAUGAUUUGCGGCGCCCUGCAAACGCUCAACGAGGAAGCAUUUGAGGAUGUAAUCAGCAGCGAACGGCCGAGUCCAACCGGCGGAAUACCAUCAGACAGCAACGACUUUGUAUUCAUUCCACCAACGUUAAGUGCCUGUCCAUCGCUUGCAAAUUCGCCGAACAUGAGCCGCCGCGAUUCCAUCCUAAAGCAUUCGGGCAGCGUCAAAACGGACAAACGUGUGUCGAUCAACACCGAACCGCCAAAAAUGGAAUUUGUAAGCGAAAAACGACCACCAUCGUCCCGACCGGCCUCGUUGAGUUUGGCGAAAGGCGAACGACCCGUAUUCAAAUUGGUGCGAUCGCCGUCGAUCGAUCAGGACGACGACAGUCGGCCGGAUGUUGGCCAUACGGGAAAUGAUGAAUCGAUUCCGUUGGUUAGAGAAUCGGGUUCGAAUCAGUAGGUUUGUCCGGUGGGAUUGAUGAUGAAAUUGACAAUUUUUUUUAUUCUGUGCAGUAGUGGAAUGUGGCAUCAAAAUUUAUGCCAGAUGGAGUGUUGAUCGUUAGAAUUAAGUAGAUUUGUUUUUGGUUAUCCAUCUUAGCAUUUAGGAAGCGAUAAUUUAUUUUGAAUGUGAUUCGUUUUAACUGACAGAGUGUCUUGUCGAUGUGUGACUCGGACGAAAACAGAAACCAAUAAGUAAAAAUGAGAUUUGCCUUAAAUUUUAUAUAAAAAGAAAGAAAAAUUACGAAAAAAAUGAAGAAAAAAAAAUGGAGCGAGAGACGGAGAGAGAGGAGUAGUGUAAAAGUGAAUUGUAAAUAAGAUAACGAAGGGUGAGAUCAGACCGAAUAAAGAAUUUAUUUAUGGAUAAA